AUGACCAGUCGCAGCUCCCCGUCCGAUUCAACGUCCGAUGAGCGGGCUCUUCGCAACAAAGGAUACAUUCUAGGCAGGAAACUCGGCGAGGGAUCUUACGCGAAGGUUCGAUCGUGCGAAUAUGUGGCGGACGGGAAGACGGAGACUCUGGCCUGCAAGAUCGUCGAUCGAAGCAGAGCGCCGUCGGAUUUCCUCGAUCGGUUCUUCCCUCGGGAACUCGAAAUCAUGACCGCCUUGGACCAUCCGAACGUGAUCCGCGUGCAUAGCAUCCUGGAGAGGCAGGAGAAAGUGUUCAUCUUCAUGCAGCACGCGGAGAACGGCGACCUGUUGGAAUACAUCAAAGCCAGAGGUGUCAUUAAGGAACAGCUGGCGAAAAUCUGGUUCCGUCAGCUUCAUUCCGGCCUCUCCUAUCUGCAUGCCAAGGACGUCGCUCAUAGAGACCUCAAGUGCGAGAACAUCUUGUUGACGAGGAAUUGGAACGUGAAGCUGGCGGACUUCGGCUUCGCUCGAUCCGUGGUGGACGAGAACGGGAAGAGGACCUUGAGCGACACCUACUGCGGCUCUGCGGCCUAUGCCGCCCCCGAGGUCAUCCGCGGGGCGCCUUACAACCCGAAGAUGGCCGACGUCUGGUCCCUCGGCGUCGUCCUCUUCAUCUCGGUCAACGCCGCCAUGCCCUUCGACGACUCCAAUCUCAAGCGGAUGCUGAAGGACCAAAACGAUCGCAACUAUUCGUUCCGGUCCCGAAUCCGCGACGAGCCGAGCCCCCAGUUGAAGGCGCUGAUCGGACGGAUCCUGGAACCGGACGUCACGCGAAGAUUCACCAUGGAUCGCAUCUCUCGCCACGAUUGGUUCUCGAGUGCAGAUGCCGAUGCGCAUGCGAUGGCAUCGGCUCAUCCCACUUACGAUCCUGCUUCCCGUGCCCUACAAUCCCCCGUCCUUUUCGAAGGAGGCGGAGGGCAGUCGCCGAAGGUGGGUGGCCAUCGAGUUCCGCUGCUCCCGAAGGAUUCCCGACUCAGCCUGGAGCCGGGGACGAAGGCGAAGAUGGAAAAACGGCAUGAGGAUGAUCUCUCGGGAUGA